AUUCAUAAAGUGAAGCCCAAAACUACAAAAUACCCGGUAUUCACAUUUUCCUGCCCUCAUUAAACGACACCGUUAUAAAGUGAGGGAAAACCUACUCGUACUAUUCAUUCAAUCGCUUCCCCUGCGUUGAACAACUCAGACAUUGCUUUUAAAUAUUGACGCUGAUACAAAAGGAUGAAUGCUCCUGAUCGUUAUGAACGGUUUGUCGUCCCCGAGGGUACAAAGAAGGUUUCUUAUGAAAGAGAUACAAAGAUCAUAAAUGCAGCUUCUUUCACUGUUGAAAGAGAAGAUCACACUAUUGGAAACAUCGUUCGCAUGCAACUUCACAGGGACGAAAACGUUCUGUUCGCUGGAUACAAGCUUCCUCAUCCUCUUCAAUACAAAAUCAUUGUCAGGAUUCACACCACUAGCCAGUCGUCACCAAUGCAGGCAUAUAAUCAGGCUAUCAAUGAUCUUGACAAGGAACUCGAUCAUUUGAAGAAUGCAUUUGAGGCUGAAGUGGCAAGGUUCUCAUAAGCAAUACCAAUAUGUUGAAGGGAGUUGAAUCCUCAGAGUGUUGGAGGCUAUCACAUUUAAACUUUUUUUUAUGGUGUAUUCUUAUUAUCUCUAAGCUUGUUAGUAGUCUACAAACAGCUAAGAUGCGUGUCUUGUUGGUAGUCCGGAAACAGCUCAGAUGUUUGUUUGUGAUUACGCACUUAAAAGUCAAUGAACAUGUACAAUGUUUCAAAAGAGUUCUUGCCCUGGGCUAAGUGCAGUUAUAGUAGUUAAAAUGUUAUGAUAAUUAGAGUUUUAAUGA